AUGAAAAAGUUUGCUAAUUUAAUUAUCAUAAGUUGCUUCAUUCUUGCAGUAACAAGUUAACCUCCUAUUGUUGGUAAUAGCUUAGAAUGUAAUUUUAAUGCCUAAUCAUGUGAUAAAUGUGCUUAAGGUUCUGCAGCAAUUCUAAAACUAUUUGAUUAUGUUAAUGGCUUUUGCAGGGUUAAAGAUUGUUCUUAACUUACUAUUGGAAAUAACUUGAAUGGCUGGGUUUGUAAUUCUUGUAGUUCAGUCUCUUAAGUACCUGGUAUUAUAUCAUAAGGAUAAUAUUUUGAUGGUACUAAAUGUGUUAAUUAAUGUAGUCAAGGUUAUUUUGCAAAUAAAGAAAAUGGCUUUGUUUGCUAAUUAGCAAAUCCAGGUUAACCUGUAGAUUGUUCUUUUGACAAAACAGGCUGCAAAGCAUGUUAUUUUUUUAUUAACUAAAAUAAUUAAUUUAGUUUUGAUAAAAAUUCAUAAAUGUGCUUUGUUAAUGAUUGCUCUUCUAAUGUAAAUUCAAAAUUGAACGGUUGGAUUUGUUAAUCUUGUAAAUCAGCAAAAGGAAGUGGUAACAUUCCGAAAGGUUAAUAUUAUGAUGGUUAAACUUGCGUAGACACUUGUCCUCAAGGUUUAUCAGCAAGUCUAGAUACACAAUUUAUUUGUUAACCUCCACCUAAUCCAGGUAAAGCUGUAGGGUGUUCUAAGGAUUAAUCAACUUGUUAAGAAUGCGAAUUUGAUUCUUCAGUUUUCAAAUAAUUUGCUUAUUAAUCUGCAAAUAACUGCUAUGUGAAAGAUUGUCAUGUUACAGCUUUAUUAGGUCUUUCGAGUGGAUGGAUAUGCAAUUCUUGUAGCCAAGCUUAAGGAAAGGGAAAUAUUCCUAAAGGUUAAUAUUUUGACAAUAGGAAUUGUGUAACAAAUUGUCCUAUUGGGAAAUCUGCAAGUGCUUAAACUGGAUUUGAAUGCUUAGCAAACCCUUAACCUACUCCAUGUUCUCAGGAUUUUUCAACUUGUACAGGAUGCGGAGAUACUGCUGCUACUUAAUAACUAUUCACUUAUAUAAAUGGAAACAACUGUGCUGUUAACGACUGCUCUAUUACUACAAUAGGCUCUAAUUUAAAUGGUUGGAUAUGUAAUUCUUGUAGUACUACUGAGAUUCCUAAUACUAUUACAAAAGGCAGAUAUUAUUACAAUAAAAGCUGUGUAGAUACUUGCCCUAGUGGCUAUUAAGCUAGUGCAGCUACUGGAUAUAACUGUCAAAAAAUUAAUCCAGGUUCAGAUGUUAGCUGCUCAAGUGGAAAUUAAGCUUGUGGAAAUUGUGGUUCAACAAGAGCUUAAUAAUUAUUUAUUUCUAGUAAUAAAGGGUAAAGCUGCAAAGUUAAAGAUUGCUCUUCUACAACAAUUGGUUCGAAUUUGAAUGGUUGGAUUUGUUAAUCUUGUUUAUCAGCUUCGGGUACAGGUAAUAUUGCUUCCGGUUAAUAUUUCGAUGGUAGAAGCUGUGUAAAUACCUGUCCUAUUGGUUCUACAGUAAGUAAGGAUACAGGAUAUGUUUGUUAAUUUCCUCCAAGCUCAGGCAAUCCAGUUCCAUGCUCUAGUGAUUCAUAAACCUGUGGAGGAUGUGGAACAACAGAUGAUAUAUAAGGCCUAUUUAGUCGAGGAACUGGGAAUACCUGCUAAGUAACUGACUGCAAUUUGAGUGUAGUAGGAUCUAAUCUCAAUGGUUGGGUUUGCAAUUCUUGUAGUUAGACUAAUUCAGAUCAUAAUAUCGCAAAAGGUUAAUAUUACAAUGGUACUACUUGUGUAGAUACUUGUCCUAAAGGUUAAUAAGCAAGUGCAGCUACUGGAUUCGUUUGUUAAUAUCCUCCUAAUCCUGGAUCUUCAGUUACAUGUUCUAGCGAUUCUUCUACAUGUAAUGGAUGUGGAUAAUCAAAAAAUAUUUCAAGCCUAUUUACUUAUAAAACUGGCAAUAACUGCUCAGUCAGCGAUUGUAAUUCUACAGUAAUAGGAUCUAAUCUGAAUGGCUGGAUUUGUAAUUCUUGCAGCUCAGCUUCUGGAGCUAACAAUAUUGUAAAAGGUAAAUAUUAUAACGGUAUAACUUGUGUAGAUAGUUGUCCUGCUGGUUAGUAAGCAAAUGCGGCAACAGGAUUUAUUUGUAAAAAUAUUCCUAACCCUGGUACUCCUGUUGCAUGCUCUACUGAUUCUUCAACUUGCAAUGGGUGUUUUUCAAAUCUUGGCUCAAGCAUAUUCACUUAUGGAACUGGAAAUAAUUGUUAUGUAACUGACUGUACUGCCUCAACAUUAAGGGAAUAUAAUGGUUGGGUUUGUAAUUCUUGCAAUUCAGCUUCAGGAGAUGGGAAUAUUGCUGCAGGUUAAUAUUUUAAUGGUAGGUAUUGCGUAUCAAGUUGUCCCUCUGGGUAAUAUGCAAACUUAUCUACUUAAUAUGUUUGUUAACCAAUAGUAGGUAAUCCUGGCACUCCUGUUACAUGCUCUAGUGAUUCUUCAACUUGUGGGGGAUGUGGUUAAACAAAUGCAAUUUAAAAUUUAUUCACAUUUGGAGUAGGAAAUAGUUGUUUUGUCGUUGACUGUACUGCUUCUACAGUAGGAUCUAAUCUAAAUGGUUGGGUUUGCAACUCUUGCAGUUCAGCUACUGGAAAUGGAAAUAUUACUGUAGGCUAAUAUUAUAAUGGUACGACAUGUGUAGCAAGUUGCCCCCCUGGAUAGUAAGCAAGUUUAUCUACUGGAUGGGUUUGUUAACCUAUACCAAAUCCUGGAUCUAAUGUUACAUGCUCUAAUGAUUCUUAAACUUGCGCAGGUUGUGGAUUAACAAACGAUAUUUAAAAAUUAUUUACUCAUGGAACCUAAAACUAAUGUUCUGUUACUGACUGCUCCUCUGCAGUGGUAGGUUCUAAUUUGAAUGGUUGGGUUUGUAAUUCUUGCAGCACAGCUAAAGGACAAAAUAAUAUAGCUACUGGCUAAUACUACAACGGUACAACUUGUGUAGCGAGCUGUCCUAAUGGUUAAUCAGCAAGUGCAUCUACUGGAUAUGUUUGUAAACCAGGCUCGAGUCCUGCUCCAGUAAAUAAUAAUGCAUCAUAGUCAAGUAUAAUCAGUUAUAUUUUAGCAUUUGUAAUGUUAAAACUUCUAAUUUGA